AUACUUAUUUUCUAUUCUCUGUCGUUUUCCUUCCACUGUUGUUCUCCAAAAGCAACACAAGACACUGAAAGGAACAACAACAUAUUUUCAGCCCUAUAAGCCCUCAAGGUUAAACCACUCUUCUGCUCUUCUUCAAAUUCUCUUUCAUUUCAUUUUCACAAAGGACUGGACAAUGGAUAGAAAGUGACCUUGAGGAAUGGAUGAAAUCUAUUGUUGUAGUGAAUGGAUGUUGUAUUGCUUUGUAUUAUCUUUUAUUACAAUUCAUUAUUAUUAUUUGCACUUUUAUUAGUUGGACACUUUUUCAGAAAAACAAAACAAAAGCUAUAAAUUGUCAUUGAAGCUGUCCGUCAUAAUAAAGUGUCCUUCAGGUCACUGCUGAGUGACAGAUUAACAGAUGCCAUUUCUAGAAAUCCCAGGUGGGAGGAGAUGCCUGAAAUCUUCUGACGUGUGAGCUAACACUGAUGUGAAGAACAGAUCGGUGUAUAAAAAGAGUGGCCGCUGGACACUGCUCGGUGUGAACAGGCACAGGUGCGCUGACCACUGGAAAAUGACCAUGUCUGACUCUUCGCUCGCAGUGUGUGUCCUUUGUCUCCUGGCGCUGUCCGCGCUCUCCUCAGCCUGUUACAUCCAGAACUGCCCGCGGGGAGGAAAACGCUCCUUUCCGGACACGGCUGCGGUCAGACAGUGUAUGGCGUGUGGUCCUGAAGACAGGGGCCGCUGCUUUGGCCCCAGUAUUUGCUGCGCUGCAGGACUGGGCUGCUAUGUGGGCUCUCCAGAGGCAGCAGGCUGUGUGGAGGAGAACUACCUGCCCAGUCCGUGUGAGAGCGGAGGAAGAGCAUGUGGAUCUGAGGGAGGACGCUGCGCUGCACCGGGAAUCUGCUGCGACUCAGAGAGCUGUGUUCUGGAUCCAGACUGUUCAGAAGACAGCAGGUAUCAGCGCCCUGUGGAUGAAAGCACCACCGGACUGAGCAGCACCUCAACUGGGGACAUUCUGUUACGUCUCCUCAACCUGGCUACCAGAGGACAGAGACAGUUUUGAAAGUCCAGACGUUCCUGUUUGUUUACUUGGCUCAUAGCCCCCUACCCUCAGAUCCCACCCUCCCUCAAAAAAGAAAUUCAGUUAAGUAGCACAUGCCCUCUUUCUAAAUGAUCUGGUGUGUUACUUUACCACUCCACCUUUAAUUAUGAUGCCUCAAAAACAUGAUGACCUUCACAGUCCGUCACAGGAACCAGUGUGUAAAUAUGCAGUAAAUAAAGCUUUUCUUGCACUACAA